GAGCAGUAGUCACCGCCAUGGCCGCGGCGCUCACCGACAUGGCCGACCUGGAGGAGCUCUCCCGCCUCAGCCCGCUGCCCCCCGGCAGCCCCGGGUCCGCGGCGCGCGGCCGGGCCGAGCCGCCGGAGGAAGAGGAGGAGGACGACGACGACGAGGCGGAGGCGGAGGCGGUGGCCGCGCUGCUGCUGAACGGCGGAGCGGGCGGCGGCGCGGGGGGCGGCGAGGCGGAGACCAUGUCUGAGCCGAGCCCCGAGAGCGCCAGCCAGGCGGGCGGGGACGAGGACGACGAAGAGGAGGACGACGAGGACGAGGGCAGCAGCAGCGGCGGCGCCGAGGAGGAGAGCAGCGCCGAGAGCCUGGUGGGCAGCAGCAGCGGCGGCUGCAGCGGCGACGAGACGCGCUCGCUGAGCCCGGGCGCGGCGAGCAGCAGCAGCGGCGAUGGGGACGGGAAGGAGGGCCUGGAGGAGCCCAAGGGACCGAGGGGCGGCCCGGGCGGCCCGGGCAGUGGCGGCGGUAGUAGCAGCAGUAGCGUGGUGUCGAGCGGCGGCGACGAGGGCUACGGCACCGGGGGAGGCGGGAGCAGCGCGACCUCCGGGGGCCGGAGGGGCAGCCUGGAGAUGUCGUCCGACGGGGAGCCACUGAGCCGCAUGGACUCGGAGGACAGCAUAAGCAGUACUCUAAUGGACGUAGACAGCACAAUUUCCAGUGGGCGUUCAACUCCAGCAAUGAUGAACGGACAAGGGAGCACUACUUCUUCAAGCAAGCACAUUGCCUAUAAUUGUUGUUGGGACCAGUGCCAGGCGUGCUUCAACUCUAGCCCAGACCUGGCAGACCACAUCCGUUCCAUACACGUAGAUGGUCAGCGCGGAGGGGUAUUUGUUUGCUUGUGGAAAGGUUGUAAGGUGUAUAACACCCCGUCCACCAGUCAGAGUUGGUUGCAGCGGCACAUGCUGACGCACAGUGGAGACAAACCUUUCAAGUGUGUAGUUGGUGGCUGCAAUGCCAGCUUUGCUUCUCAGGGAGGGCUCGCUCGCCAUGUACCCACACACUUCAGUCAACAGAAUUCCUCAAAAGUUUCUAGCCAGCCAAAGGCCAAAGAAGAAUCUCCUUCUAAAGCUGGAAUGAACAAGAGGAGGAAACUAAAGAACAAAAGACGACGCUCAUUACCACGACCACAUGAUUUCUUCGAUGCACAAACACUGGAUGCCAUAAGACAUCGAGCCAUAUGCUUUAACCUCUCGGCUCAUAUAGAAAGUUUAGGGAAGGGACACAGUGUUGUUUUUCAUAGUACUGUAAUAGCUAAGAGAAAGGAAGAAUCUGGAAAGAUAAAGCUCUUGCUUCAUUGGACGCCUGAAGACAUUCUGCCAGAUGUGUGGGUGAAUGAAAGUGAACGACAUCAGUUAAAAACUAAAGUAGUUCAUUUAUCAAAGCUGCCCAAAGAUACUGCCUUGCUGUUGGACCCAAACAUUUACAGAACAAUGCCACAGAAGAGGUUGAAGAGAACUCUGAUAAGAAAAAUGUUCAGUUUGUAUUUAAGCAAACAGUGAACGACAUUUGCAAUCAACUAAAAAUUCGUCUAUUGAAUUAGGUCUGAGAAUUACUAUUAGAGUGUUGCCGUAUGUCUGUUGGCUCCCUUUUCAGGCGUAGGGUCUUUCAUGGGGUACAGUGUGUUAUAUUUACCUACAUAACUACUCUUGUUAAUGGUUUUUGAAAAAAACCGCAAUUUCAAAUUAUUUGAAUAAUCUUCAUAUUUUCACUUAACCUAUGACUCUAAUUUUUUUUCCUGAGUGUUGGUUUUUUGAGUUUUUUUUUUCUUAAUGUAAAAGAAAAAAAGUAUUUUUUUUAAAGUAUCUUCAAACCGAAUCUUUUAUGCACCAAAGUUGGUUUUGAAAAGGAAAAUAAAAUCACUUUCUUGCUUGGCAAGCAAGAAGCCAUAUGGAAUUUUUUUAACUUUACAGAAAUGGAAAAUAUGUGUAACUUGUCAGUACUGUAUCAAACAAAUGUCGCAUAGAGAUAAUAGAGUGUUGCUUGUAAAUAAUUGAGCAGAUUUGUAAUAUAUUUUUCUAUUAUGAAAUGUACUGUAGAUGUUUUUUAGAGGCAUGAAAGUCGGUGUAUAUAUUAUGGUAGAAAUAAUAUUGAAGGAAAUUGUAACUCACUAGUGCUGCCAGAGGGAUUGCUAACAAAGCACCUUUAACAAGAGAUGUCUUUGCAGACGGAAGGGACUGUGUACUACUGUUAAUGUCUAAGAACAAAGCAUUGGACGUCCUUCCAGACCGUCUCCUGGGGGGUCGUGGCCCUCCCCUGACAGUGACUGGGUGGUUGUUCCCACUGUGGGAGCACAUCCUGUAAAACACGUGCUGUGCAGUUAGACUGCAGAAGCGCGCCUCCUCGGGAGUUCCCACUCCUGCACUGACAGGCAAACCAGCAGUUUUUACACUCAAUUUUUUAAAAGAAAGUAGACAACAAUAUAAAAUUAAACCUUUGGUUCCAAAAUGGGAAGGGUUCCAUGAUCAUUUCUCAUUUGCUUUAAAAAGAAAAACCACACACAGAAAAGGUACUAAAAGUAUUGGAGGCUUGAACAGGACAGGGGGAAAGACAUAGACAUGGAAAGAGUCAUCGACGCUGAGGGACCCAUGGGAAAGCACUGCCAAUGAGGACACUCUGGAACGGCCGUCUAAUGUGCUCUGUAGCAAAUGGGAGUCUAUUUUCAGAAGAAGAAAAGCAGUGUGUUCUUACUAUUUUUCUUUUCUUUUGCUUAAGCACUUCAUCAUUUGUUUUAUUCUAUAUCUGCGAAGUACUCUGCAAUCUCCUUUGUUCCUUUUAAAUUUUGGUUUGUUAUAACAUUGCCAAAUAGAAGUGUUUCAGACAUAGAGUUUGUACCUGUAUUUUUAUUUUACUGUCUCAUGUUCUUAAUUGACCGAUGAUUGUAGACUUUGCUUGAGUAUUUUUUCUAAUAAAACAAAGCAAAUCACAUUUAGCUUCAAAUUGUAACAAUUCAAUUUAAUUUUCAGAUGACAUCUGGAAAUACACAUCCAACAUUCUUUAGUGUAUAUAGAGCAGAUUAGUUACUGUCAUUGUAUAGAAAAAUUUAGAUGUCAAAACCAUAUUGCUGGUUAUGAUUAGCCUCUGAGUACUCAGUUAUUCAUGGUCCCUUGUGAUGUGAUGUGGGUUUGACACUGUUACUAGCACACCAAGAAGACUAUGGAGUAAGCAAGCUAGUUGUAUAGCUUGUAUGUAUGCAUACUUAGACACACAUUCAAGUCUGAUUGGAAAGUGUGGACAUUUUAGUCUGUAAUGUUCAUUAAUGUUUCUUCUUCCUCAGCUCUGUGUGCUCUUCCUGUGCCCACAUGACACUUUGUGGUGGGCCGAGGCUUAUGUUUCUGUUUACAAAUCCAUGUCUAGUCCAUCCAGCAUUGGACAGUCUGUAGCCCACAGGCACAUUUAUUCAUUUUCAUGUAUGUUACUUGAUUUUUUCCCCUUCAUUCUGGAGUAAUGAGACCUCAGGGGCCUGCAAGCCUGAGGUAGUGUCUGCAUCAUAAAAAAAUGUUUGUUCUUUUCUUGCGUAGCUGAUAAAUUUUGGAGCAGUAAACCUAGACCAUACAAUUUAUUUGUACUUAAUACGGCAGUGUUGUGACAUUGUUAGUGCGCACAGUGCUAACUAAGCUCCCGAGAACGCCGUCUCAUAUACUUUGCAGAAGCACUCCCAUGGGCACCAGAGACACAUGGUGUUUGGGUGGAGCUUUCAUGUUGGAUUUCUUAAUAUUGUUGAGAACCCACCAUUUUACCAACUGUGUUUUUUUCUUACAGGGAUUAAGUGAGAAUCUGUAAAUCGGAUUCUGUGUUUCAACCACAAGUAACAUUGGUUUUAUCUAAAGAAUCUUGAAAUACGAAAUAUUGUAAAAUUUUAAAGUUCUUUAUUUUUCUAUUAAACCUUUUCAUACACUAAUGUAGUUACACAUUAAUUCUGAAUUUCAGAUGAAAGGAAAAUAAAGUGGAAAAUAAUUAACCCUCAA